AUGCAAGCAGUAUCUGUGUCUAUUUUGAUCUAUUUUGCUUUGCUUAUUGCAAAUUGUUGUGGCUCGGCUGAUGUUCAUGUUAACAGUACCUUUAUUCUGGAUUCAUCAAACCGUGUACGAAUUUAUCAUGGUGCUAAUUUUGUAGUCAAACAAUUUCCUUGGUACCCACCGGAACUAUUAGACCCAAAUUAUGUUGCGGAACUAUCAAAAUCGGGUUUAAACGUUAUUCGACUUGGAAUGAUGUGGUCUGGUGUUGAACCUCAGCCACAAAAAUAUAAUAUGACUUAUUUAAAUACAAUGAAAAAAAUUAUUGCACUACUUGAAUCAAAUAAUAUAUUUGUUUUUCUUGAUAUGCAUCAAGAUGUUCUAUCGAAUCGAACAGGAAGUUAUGAUGGCAUUCCAGCAUGGCUAUAUGAUCGAUUACCACCACCAGAACAUCCAUAUCCUUGGCCACUUCAAACAGCACCUAGUGUUGAAAAGUGGUUUCUUGGCUAUUUCACGGAAGCAUGUUCACAUGCAUUUCAAUGUUUAUAUAAUAAUACGGCUGGUGCUACUGAUGCAAUGGGUAAUUUUUGGAAAUUGGUAGCGUCGACCUAUAAACAAUAUUCUAAUCUCCUUGGAUAUGAACUCAUCAAUGAACCAUGGGCUGGAAAUUACAUAGCAGAUCCUUUAUUACUCUUGCCUGGUAUUGCCGGAGCUAUAAAUCUACAGCCAUUUUAUGAUAAAUUAGCUAAAGCUAUUCGUUCCGUUGAUGAAGAUACACUUAUUUUUUAUGAACCUGUAACUUGGGGUGUUCGAUUGAAUGGUAAAUAUUUUGGUAGUGGAUUUACUCAUGUACCUGGUGGUAAUGAUUAUCGCAAUCGAAGUGUUUUUUCCUAUCAUUAUUAUUGUACGAUUUUAUCGCUUGAACCCGUACCAGGCAAUACUUCAAUACCAGUUUUUGAUCGAGUACUUUGCGAUGAUAUUGAAGGCCCAGCACUUUUCAGUUCAGUUCAAAUUGAUCUUGAACAAUUAGGCGGUUCAGCAUUUUUAACUGAAUUCGGUGCAUGUGAUGAUGAUUUUCCGACAUGUGAUGAUCAAAUCAAUUGGAGUUUACAAUCUGCUGAUGCAUUUUUACAAUCAUGGACAUAUUGGGGAGAGUUUUUCAAUGAUCCCGUAAAAUUCAAAAGUUUAUCACGCGUCUAUGCACGUGCUAUUGCAGGUAGACCAUUAACGAUGGGAUACAUCGCUUCCGAAAAACAUUUUUAUCUAUCUUAUGUAAUUGAUAAAAGUAUCAAAGAACCUACUGAAAUCUUUAUACCAUCUGUACAAUUUCCAAAAGGAAAUUAUGAUGUUACUGUGUCUGAGGAAUUAAAAUGGCGAGUUGAUUCAAAAGAUCCAAGUGUCAUUCUGGUUGAACCUAGUGAUGGAAUUAUGAACAAUCAAGAUAAAAAUAUUAUAGGCUCUAUCUCUAUUUUUCCGAAAAAUUAA